GUGGCGGUGGCCGAGGCGGGUGCGGGGAUCGGGUCGGCAGCCGGAGCGGCCUCUCCGUGUCCCGUCCGUGUCUCCGAGGAGGCGGCUGGGGCGGCCCCGGGGAGCGGCGGUGACAGGGGCCGCCGGGGACUUCACCAUGAGAAUGAUCGAGAGCGUCGACUCCGCGGUCACCAGGUCCAGCGAGGAUCUCUGGGCUGAGAUCUGUUCGUGUCUGCCACGUCCCGACCAGAAGGAUGCCAGCGAUGCUUUUACAGACUCCUUCAUGGAUUCCUAUGCUGAUGGAGGAAGCCAGGGUGGCGGAUCAGGUGGCUCUUCCCAAACAAACCUGAAGCCCUGGGCACCCCUGAACGAUUCAGAAGUGUACUUGGCUUCCUUAGAGAGAAGACUGAUGAGAAUUAAAGGCUUGUCUCAGGAGGUGACCUCCAAGGAUAUGCUGCGCACUCUCUCCCAGGCUAAGAAGGAAUGCUGGGACAGGUUUCUGCAGGAGAAGUUUGAGUCUGAAUUUUAUGUAGAGGGACAUGACUCUGAUGAGAGCACGCUAGAACAUCUAAAGCGAUGGCUACAACCAGAUAAAGUGGCAAUCAGUACUGAGGAGGUACAGUACCUCAUCCCUCCAGAAUCUCAGCCAGAGAAGCAGGAGACUGAGGCGGAACCUCCAGCUGCUGAGCAGUGAGAUAUGCACCAUCCACACCGCAGCGCUGCUUCUUGUCCAAACCCUGAUGAUGUUGUACCCAGUGGUAGUAAUAAUGGGGGGAGGUGGGGAGGGCAAAAGCACACACCAAAAAAACCCAGCUCUGGACCUCCAGAGAUAGUGACUGACAUUUGUUAUGGACAAGAGUGGAACGCCUGUGACUCAGCACACGCUGAACUGAAAUUUUACUUUGAUCUUCUUCCCAGCCUGUAGCAACCUAAUCAUUCCAGUAUGUGAAUUGUUUGUAAUUCAUCAGGAGACAUACUAAACACAACAAAGCAGUUGUUCAGAAGCAUCAGAAAACAUAAUGAUCUAGAAUAGAACAGAUAAAACCACUGAAUCAGUUUUUCUUCCUGUCUUGUACCUUUUUUAUUACGCAGUUGGGCAUUUUUUUUUCUUUCCUGCAAAGUCCACUAUUUAAGUCUGAGCUGGCUCUGAGCUGUGCCUGAAGGAAGACAGAUAUUUUUCUCAUACGUGGAUUUGGAACCCUAAAGGAAGCUAUCAUUGUAGUCAUUAAAUUGAUGGUAUCAUUGCCAUUGUAACUAUUUUAACAUUCCUGUCUACAUACUGUACCAUCCUACAGCAUCCCACUUCAUUGGCUGAACUCUGUACUCUCUAUUAUAGAAUAGGCUGGAGGGGGAGUACUUUUUUUCUCAUGUUGGUCAUUUUGUACCUGUUCUUUAUCUCCUUCAGCCUCUCCAAAAGAGGUUUAGGUGAGAUUCUCUUACCAGGAAACGAAGAGCGAUAACCAGGGAAGCUACAAAUACCUUGUUUUCAUCACAGACUUGCAUAGAAUUACCUGAUUUGAAAUAUGUUCGAUUAUUUAAAUGUUGUUCAUCCUGUUUAACUCAGCAGAGGGUUAUUUCCCAUUACUAAUCAAAGAAUCUGUAAUCAUAUACUUGUGUAAGACUGAUUCUUCUUUAACUUGUGCUUUCUGUCUUGGCAUUGACACUGAAGGUCGAUAGAGGGAAGCAGCAGACAUCUUCUGUCCAAUAAAGCUUGUUAAGACAGAAAUUGUAGGGGUAGUUCUAGUCGCUCAUGCAUGCAUACUAGAUUCAUACCAUGUUCAUUAUGUAUCUGUAUGAAAAUACAUUUUUAAAAGUA